GACUGGAAAAGCAGAUGGACCUACACAGGAAAAGUGGAGUAGCCGGCGGGGAAAAGCCAGGAGCACAGCGGAGGUUCACUCUGGGGUGUCGCGAGGGAGGGCUGCAGCGUCGGGACUUGCGAGGGCGACACAGCCCUAGCAGGUGGAACUGGGCUAUUUGCUGAAGCUUCUUUCCCUGUUAGCCCAAGGAGAAAUUUAUAUUUUAGCUUUUCCUUACCAUGGCUUUGGUUCACAAAUUGUUGAAUGGCACUUAUAUUCGUAGAAAAUGCCUGAAGCCAAGUGUUGCCUCAUUGUCCAAGUGUGGUCCAUUUUUGAGUACUCGCUUUGCAGACUAUUGCUCCAGUAGCCUUCAGAAACCUUCAGUGCCUGCUUCUGGCAAAGCUUCUUCUCAGAGGAAGACCGAAGGAAAUGUGGAAGGGCAUCACCAAAGAGAUGUUGCUUUGGAUAUAACUUCUCCUGGGGACAAGCCUGAAGUCAGUUUUGAUAAAGCAAUUAAAGAAGAAAUAAAGGACCAUUUAAGGCGUUUGAAGAAUGAUAUAGUGAAUCAUUGGAUAGGGCCUGAAGGUCGCCCUCUGCAUGAGGUCUUGCUGGAACAAGCCAAGGUUGUCUGGCAGUUCCGUGGCAAAGAAGAUUUGGAUAAGUGGAUAGUGACUUCUGAUAAGACAAUUGGUGGCAGAAGUGAAGCUUUCCUAAAGAUGGGCAAGAAUAACCAAAGUGCACUCCUGUAUGGAACCCUGAGCUCUGAGGCACCUCAGGAUGGGGAGAGUGGCCGAAGUGGGUACUGUGCGAUGAUAUCCAAGGUUCCCAGGGGACCUUUUGAGAUAAAGAAGUCUUAUGAUUGGUCUCAGUUCAACACUCUGUAUCUCCGUGUUCGUGGAGAUGGUCGGCCUUGGAUGGUGAAUAUCAGGGAGGACACGGAUAUAAUUCAGAGGAAGGAUCACAUGUACAGUUACUUCAUGUUCACCCGUGGGGGGCCCUACUGGCAGGAGGUCAAGAUUCCUUUCUCCAAAUUUUUCUUCUCCAAUCAAGGAAGAAUCCGGGAUGCUCAGUACCAGCUUCUGCUUGAUAAGAUCUCUUCUGUCGGAUUCACCUUGGCUGAUAAAGUGGAUGGUCCAUUCUUCCUGGAAAUAGAUUUUAUUGGAGUAUUUACUGAUCCAGCCCACACAGAAGAAUUUGCCUAUGAAAAUUCUCCAGAGCUUAAUCCAAGACUUUUUAAAUAAAUCUGUGGCAUUUCUAUAUUACUAAACUAAGGUUGGUAGAAUCCAUAGUGACACAAAAAGUAUUUCUUUAAUGACAUCCAAACAGUGGCUGAUAACAUAGUUCCUAAAGACUAAUGCUAUUGCUAAGAGGAACCAGGAUCUAACCUAUACCUUAACUUAAAAUCCAAGUACUAAGGCAGAGGUACUAUGUAAAUAACUGGCUUUGGUUAGAAUGAUUCCUGUUAGGAAUAGUUUUUUACCUUAGUAGGUGCUUUUCCAAAGCAGGGUGGUCUCUGAGAUGACUGAGGAUGGCCGCCUACCAUUCUAUUCCUCAUAGCUUUCUUUUCUUUUUUAAUUAGGAGAGGCGGCUGCCAAAGAAUACUUAGAUGCUAUAAAAGCCAUGGGGAGGAGAUACCUGUUUUAGUCGGCUUGGGCUACUAUAACAAAUUGUUGUAGACUAGGUGGCUUAAACAAAACUGCAUUUCUCAGUUUUGGAGGCUGGGAGGUCCAAGAUCAAGGUACCUGCAUACCUGGUAUCUGCUGAGUGUCUGCUUCUUGGCUUGUAGACAGUUGCCUUCUCACUGUUUCCUCACUUGGAGAGAAAGUUCAGGUCUCUUUCUCUUCAUGUAAUACCACUAAUCCUAUCAUGAGGGCUCCACCGUCAUGACCUAAUUACAUCCCAGAGGCCCCAUACCUCCAAGUACCAAGUCACUCUGGGAAUUAGGAUUUCAGCAAGUCACUCUGGGGGAACACAAGCAUGCAGUCCCUAACACCUACUAAGCUGGUCCUCUAGAGAUGCAUGAACUUUACCAGUUCUUACUUUAUAGACUUAUGUCCCCAAACCUUCUCCAUUUUCAGCAUUAGAGACUGCAUUCCCAAAAAUAAGACUCUGAUUAACAGUUUAUUGAUCAAUUCUUAUCAUCUUAGAAAAAGAGAUAGGACACUAUAAUAUAGCCAGAGUACCCUAGGAGAGCCUGGUUUGAAAUAAGAAUACAUAGGGAGUUUCUGUUGUGGAUCAGUGGUUAAUGAACAUGGUUAGUAUCCAUGAGGAUUCUGCUUCAAUCCCUGACAUUGCUCAGUGGGUUAAGGAUCUGGUGUUGUCAUGAGCUGUGGUACAGGUCGCAGAGGAGGCUUGGAUCUGGCGUGGCUGUGGCUGUGGUUGUGGCAUGGGCUGGCGGCUAUAGCUCCAAUUGGACCCCUAGCCUAGGACCCUCCAUAUGUAUUGGGUGUGGCCCUAAAAAGCAAAAACAAAACAAAACACAAAAGCUGAUAGCUUUUCCAUUAUCUUGGCUUAGAUAUGCUUUGUGUGUUUUCAUGUAAUUGCCUUUUCAGAUUUAUUAUUACCUUAUUGAGGUAUGUACCUUAUAUAACAAAGUUCAUCUGUUUUAACUAUACAAUAUUGUUUAGUUUUUUUUUUUUUAAACAGAAUUUUGUAGUCUUUACACAAGGUAAUUUUAGGAAAAUUUUCUCAUCCUAAAAAGAAAUUUCAGUGCCCCUUUGUAGUCACUUAAUUCCCAUUCUCAGGCCCAUAACUACUCUUUAUCUAUAGGGUUAUCUUCUCUGGCUAUUUUAUGUAAAUAGAAUCAUAAUAUUAUCUUUUGUGUCUGGCUUCUUUUCAUUUGGCAUAGUGUCUUUGUGAUUCAUCCAUUUGUAGCAUCUUAUCAGUACUUCAUUCUUUCUAGUGCAUAAUAUUUUUUAAUCCAUUCAUCUAUUGAUGGACACUGGAUUUCUCUCCAUUUUGGCUACUAUGAAAAAUACUAUUAAAAUAUUAGCACACAAAUUUUGAUGUGCACAUGUGUUUUCAUUUCUCUUAGAAGGAGAACUACUGGGUCAUAUGGUAGUUGCACAGUUAACUUUUUAAAGAACCACCAAAUUGUCUUCCAAAGUGGUUGUAUCAUUGUACCUUCUCACUAGCAAUGUAUUUGACAGUUACCAGAGAGUUCUUGAUUGAUCUGAUUUCUGCCCCUAGAUAGCAAAAUCCGAGUUUAUUAAAUACCCUGUAGUGGGAGCUCCCUGGUGGCUCAGCAGGUUAAAGAUCUGGCAAUGUCACUGCUAUGGCGCAGGAUCUAUCUUUGGCCCUGGAUCUUCUGCAUACUAUGGGCGUAGCCAAAAAAAACCCUAAACACCCAGGAACAUGCCAUGUUCUACGGACUCAUGUAUGUGUAACAGUAAGUACAGCAGAAUCUGACAAGUGCUGUGAAAAUGCAAAGGAAAGAUAUAGUCAUUUCUUCUAAAAGUAGGAGUAGGAGGUCAAGAAAGGUUACACAGAGUACAAGUCAACUAUUGUUUGUCUUGGCUGGUCAACCAAAUUUUGGAGGCAAACUAGUUUACAAAGCACAAGAAAAAAUUUUAUUUAUGAAAAUCUUAUAAAGUAGAAAACUCAGAAGCUCCACUCAAGUGUAACAAACAUGGAUAUGAUGGUAAACAACUCUGUAAUCUUUUCUAGGAACUGAGUAAGAUCUAAGUUUGACAGCAUAGUAAUCCUUAAAGUAGCAAUCCUCUAAUUUCAACAUGGCUUUCUAUAUUUUUAAAUAAGAAAGACUAGAAUAAGCUAUAGUUUUUAAGAGUAUAUAGAUGACAGAUGACAGUUACAUGAAGUAAUAUGAACAAAGUUACACAGAUAAAUAUUGACCUUACCAAACCAUAUGGUCCUGUUUCAGGAACAGUUCUAGAUUCUCUAGAGGAUGAAGAGGUGGCCUUUGACAGCUUACCCUAUUCAUAACUUGUUAGUGUUCAAUUUCUACUGAAGCUUGUGGUAUAAUAAGCUACUAUCAGGUAAAGACUUUUGCCUAGAAGAGGAUUAAAGUUCUGUUAAUAUUAGAGCCAGCAGAGGGAACUUGAUAUUAAAAAUCUAGGUCAAGAAAUCUAUAGGAUUCUCUUUAGAAAACUGAGUCAGUUACAAAAGGGCUUAUAUAAAAACUAUUUCAAAAUAAUAUGUGAGUUUGAAAGGUAAUAACAUCUUUUUCGGGGUAUAACAUGUGAAGAAGCCACCAACACUACAUAUAUAUGAACAAAAGUUAAGAGUAGGAAAAGGUCUUCUGACUAAAGUGAGAGGAUAAUA